AUGGCAGUAAGUAUUUUCUCUACAAUUUUAUAAUUACUAUAAUCCACUGAUCGCCGUCACACAUGCAAACAAAUGGCCAAGUGAAAUUUUAACUUUGUCGGUAACCUAUAUUCUAUAAAAUACAAUUUUAAAAUGUUUACAAUAUGGUUCGAAAAAUCUUAUAUGCGAUUUUCGAAACUUUUGUCUUAAAAUAAAUCCGUAAAAAAAUUAAAUAAUUUUAACCUCAAAUAAAAAUUAACAAACUAAAAAAAAAUUGCUAAAAAUAAAAUAUUAUCUUAGUCAAAAUGCCCAUAACUAUCGGUAUAUAUAUUUGAAUUUCCUGUUUAUCGAUUUUUCUACACGAGAGAGAAUAUUUUUGGAAAUAUUUGGCUGUAUAAUUAUUUCACUAAGUCACUUUUAACUAUUUUUAUAUGACAGUGACGAUACAUCCCGUAGGACUUACUCGUAGUAACCUAUAAUACAAAAACAAAUAGAUGGUGGAUAAUUGACCUAUGAUAAUACUGGUCUUCUAUAGUUCUGUUUUCUAGUAUUUAUUAUUAUUGUAAUAUUUUGUUUAAUGGUUUAAAAAUGUUGUAAAAGAUAAUAUAGAUAUUAAAAAAAAAAGAAGUAUAUUGUAAAGACUAUGUAAAAUAGUAUCGGUCGCGUAAACCAAUAUUCUUCGAUAUUUCUUUGGCCCUAGUAAAGAAGAGAUUAAGUCAGUUUUGUAUAGUUUUUUAACAAGAAAUUUAUAUUUUUAAAUAUGUUAAAAAUGAUAUAAUGGCAGAAUUUCCAAAUCACGCUAUCAUUGCAUGCUAAAUGGCCUUAACUUAAAUAAGGUGUUCUAAAUAGGUUUAGGUCAUAUUAUAGUUAUACGACUUACAUCUUUUUAUCAAACAAAAACCCUGUUAUAGUGAUUUGAGAUAUUUUAAUUUUCAGUAUAACAUGUGUAAAAAACAAAAUUACAUAACAUAAAAUUAUAAAAAUAAAAAAUGCUAACAAUUUGACUUUUGUAGCCCUUCUUUCCUGGACCAAAGAUACAGAGUUUUUAUAAAACAGGUGUUUAUUGUAUUAUAUAUAUAUAUAUACAUAACGUUAUCAAAAACUAUCGAAUUGUUCAUUAAAAAGUUUAGCGAUAUUGCUCAAUAAUAUCUAUUAUGUACGAUUUCUCAACGGUCUAUGCGAAAUAAUAAUAAUUGCAAUAUCGAUUUUGUGUUUUUUUUUUUUUUUUUAACUUUAAAGCCAUUUACUAAUGUUAGUAAACUACAUUUGCAUAAAGUAGAAGGUAUAGUCUAAAUAUAGGAAAUUUCCAAUGCCAUUCUGUAUAAUUAUUUUACAAUAGGGUUGUUCGUCCCCCCCCUUCGCCACUAAAUAACGAGAGAGAAUGUUGACUACACAGAAUUCAUGAAUAUGAAAAAAAAAAAACAAAUUUACUUAGAAUUAUUAUGAUUCAUACCUUGUACAGAGUGUAGUAAAUUAUUGAUUCUAAUUUAUCAACGGCCGUUCUACAAAGCUCAAGGUAACAUAAUAUUAUAGAAACUAGUCUCCGGUAUUUCCUCCGCUAUAGUACAAAAUUCUGAGCAGAAAUAUUUCGACAAACUUGGUUUCGGGACAGAAAACGCUUUGUUUCCGUCUAUGAAAAUUACGCCCGUCGUUUUUAAGUAAAAAUUAUUUUUGCGAAUUUCAUUUUUUUGAUCAUUGACCAUAUCUAUUUCAACGUCAAUUAUUUAUAGUGACUAUAAUUAGGUAGGUAUCUAUAUCAUUUGCGAAAUUUUCAGUACGUUUUCAAAUAAACCGAUUCGAAUUUUCUUGGUAACCGCUUAUAAAAGUCACCCGCCUAUAAAAAAAUAAUCGUAACAUUUCUAUUUUAGUUAUACUAUGGGAAAUGCGGCGGAAAAACCGUGGAGUUUUUCAAACUCGUGUUUGUAAACAUUUAUGUUAAUAUAUUAAUUAUGGUAGUAUUCCACACACAAAUUCAAUAUUAUAUACUAGCUAAUAUCGAUGCAAUUAUAAUAACCAGGGCUACGGAAAUUAAUGAAUAUAAUACUGAAUCAGUUAACUAUAAGAUAACAAAAAUUAACUAGUCAACAAUUUAAAAGUUCAUUUUUUUUAAUAACUAACUAAUAGUUAGAUGUUAAAAGUUAAUUUGAAAAUUGUAUUUAUUUAUUAGUUUCAGUGAAGUUUCCUUUUUUUUCGGUUUUUUGUAAAACUGUUAUUGUCGUUCCUAAUAAAUGUGAUUAAAUAAUAUGUAUAGUUUGUUUUUUUAUUUUAAGAAAAAAAUAAGGAGAAUCAAUUUUAUACACAGAGCGUUUAUUAUUUCGAGUAUAUUAAAAUGCAAUUAUUAUUUUACACUCGGAACUCCACCAUUCUUAUUGAGUAAACAAAAAUUAUCAAGUCAAUAAUAUAUAUUAAAAAAAUGCUAAUUGAUGAUUAAUAUUAACAUUGAAACACUUAUGAACUCACAAUUACCUUGUAGCCUUGAUAACGAUCAUACGUAAAAAAAAAUAAAAUAUAAAAAUGUCUUAUGAAAAUGAAAUAAUAUCAAGUAAAACGUUGUAAAAUCUAUUGACCCCGAACAUAUUACUAUUAGACAAAACUCGUUUUAGAACUUUUAAAGUAUAAUAUUGUAUGAUGAAAUAAAUGAAUUUCUGUGUACCUACUUACGUUUUAAUGACGUAUUACCAAACAAGGAACAAAAACUAUAAUAUGAUGUAUUUGACAAAACUUAAAUUAAAAAAAAAAAACUAUACAAACAAACGUAUAGAUUUUCCUUAUUCGAAAUAGUUUGUUUAAGUAAACGUGAUGUGUGUACAAAAUAUACUGUAUUAUAUUAUAGGUAUAUGCCGAUUAACCGAUUAACUCGGUAAAUAAUUUGAUUGUCUUUUAACGUUAAUUUCAAUACUUCACAAACGGCUAACGCAUUUAUUGCUAUUAUUUUAAGGCAUGGUACACGUAAUAAUAUUACGGUUACGACCGUAGUAACUUAAAAAAAAAAAAAAUUGCCGAAAAUAACUUCAAUUCGAUAUGACCACAGAUUCCAUCAGUCUUAUACGAAGAUACUUUUAAAUUCCGUCCUAAUAGUAAUAAUAAUAUAAUAAUUACUGUAUAGUAUGCAGUAUUUUAAAUACUUUUCAAGUAUGUAUUAACCAGUGUUUCAAACAAAACUAACAAUAAAUAAAAAUACUUAUUAUUAUAGUUUGAAAUUAAAUACCGUAGUGUUUGUUUAUAUGAUUCAACAGAUGCCAUUUUAAUUAAUCCAUAAAAUAUAAUCCACACACUCAGUUUAAAUACCUCCUACUGGCUACUAUAAAUAAAUUCAAACAUAUAAAAUUAUUCUUAUAGUGUACUUUUAAAAAUUGAUAACAAAUAGUGAAACGAAAUUAUGUUUUCUCUUACGAAAACCGCGUGUAUUAUUUCGUAAUCCUCGAUAUUUAAAUUAUUUUUCUUUUCUUUUUUUUUUUUUCAAUCGGUAUAUUAUUAUAACAAACGUCAUUACGACUGUUGGGCUUUUGCCACGAUGUAAAUCAUCAACGACUCAAUAUAGUUUUACAUAACGUUAUUAUGAUGUUUAAAAAAAACCGUAGUCCGGUCGAAAUCGCGAAAUUCGGUAACAAUCUGACUUAACCUAACCUUACCUCCGAUUUAAUUUAUGUUAAUAUAUUAUAGUUCAGAAUGUGUGGUCAUCGCGUAUCACCAGACGAGAUAUUCUUAUUUUAACACUGGUUAGUAUAACAAUAAUAUAAAAUUAAUAAUAAUAUUUUGUAUUGCCAUUAUCUUGAACCGUUGUGAAACGAUCGGUUUACGUCCAGCGAACCAUCGCGGCGAUAUAUACGAAUAUAAUAGUUAACGAUUGUCGGAUGCAAGAUCUCAGUGCCGGAUUUAAGGUCGACCGAAAAAACUAUUGUAUAUAUACUGUUACUAGGUUGGGCAGUACCUUCUAGACGAAUGUCUUAAAUACGCAUCUCAGAUACAAUUGUAUUCCUCGUCUUCGUGGUAUCGAUAAUAUCUAUAGCUAAUCAUUUCAACGUAUCUUGUCUCCAUAUAGACGUCCGAAGAAUGGACGGGAAUGCGUCGGAUUAUUUUUCCCUAGGCUUUAUCCGAGCAUAUUGAGUGCCUGUAGUAUUUGAGUAUAUCAAAUAUACUAUAUGUACCUUGUAUUGCAAUAGUAUCUACUAGUGUCACGUAAGUACCUAGCACCUUGUAUCGAUAGAAUAUAUUCUGCAGAAAAUCAAUCUAUAUUAUUGGGAAUCUAGAACUAGAUGCAUAUUUUUGAAAUAUCUUGAUCGUCCAUGAUUACCUAUAGGUAUGCAUAUUAACAGGCUGAGUUAUGGUACUCGAAAUCAUGAUCAGCGUCAUACUUACACUAAUCUCGUCUGCAGACACUAUAUGAGUCGUUAUCAUACACCUAAAUCAUAUUAUACAAUAAAUGAUUCCCUAUGUUAUUGCGUUGGUCGUCGUUACUCUUACUACUCGUUACUCGGGUUUGUCGUUGGGUUUUUUUUUUUUUUUUUUCAACAGUCCGUGAUUAUUUAUCACAUCUCGUUAUACCAAAGUCAAACACCCGAUAUUAUUAUACGAUAAAACCGGCAUCACUCAAAAAUCGAUUUCCUCGUCAUUAUUUCAUCACAAUAUUAUAAUAUAUGAUUUAUACGAAUACAAAAACAUAUAGACGAGUGUAGUUGGCAUCAAGAAAUAAUAAUAAUAAUUAUAUAUAUAUAUGUAUAUUAUUUCUGGUCGGGCAACGCCUUUUAUUGUGCCUAUGUACAGGCGUCUUGACAAUGAGCUGGUUUGUAUAUUGGCAUACUCCUACGUCCGCAACAGUGCCGUGUAAAUGUGUGGGGUACGGCUUCCCGUCUACAUAUCUACCAGGUUUAAAACACCGAUUGCGAAUCGAUAGAAUAAUAAAAUUAUGAUUUUUUUUUUUUUUUUUCGAAAACGACACAAAUAAUUGCAAUUAUAAAACUUACGAAACGAAAGUUGCCGUUUAAGUUUUUUUACGAUGGUAAAAUUGUUACAAAAAAAAAAAAAAAAGAUGUCUUUUACAAAUUCCUAAAUCCAUAAUAUUAUUAUUAUUUAUUAGGUACCGUAUUUGUGUUUUAAAAUGAGUCGUACAAAACGUUAUGAAAAGAUUUUUUAAUAUUAGAAUCGUGUAGUGUGUACAAAAUAUGCGUUCUUUAAUGGUAUAAAAUUGUAACUACUCGUGUGCGUGUAUUCAAUGCGAAAAUGCAUUCAUAAAAAAUGCAAAAAGUGUAUUGAAAAGCUAUGCCAAAAAAAAAAAUAAUAAAAAAAAAAAUACACCUCUAAAUAAUAUUAAAAUAAUAAUAAUCAUAUUAGAGUCUCCUCGCUAUCGCUCUCGGUAAACGUUCCACUUUUGAGACGUCGAUGACAGACGGUUUGAAAAUAAAAAAACGUUCGAUCAGUUUUUUUUUUGGCAAAACAUUUUUGCACUACUUCAAAUAGCCGACGAAAUCGUGUCAAAGACGCGCGCGAUGAUGGCCGCUGACGACACAGGGGUUUUUUUUUAUCAAACCGUUUAAAACUUUUUCACCUAAAACCGUCGUGGGAUGAGUGCGUCCGAAUUAUAUCCGAACAUUACGACCACCCGCAAUGACGUAUGUACCGAAUCGCGUUUGUUUUUAGUGAAUUUUUUGAAAAAUAACAAUAGUAAUAAUAAAUUAAGUUUUUAUAGUGGCGGUUGGUUAUUGGUCAUCUCCGCAGCCGAUGCCUGUCUAAAUUCAACGAAAUAUCCGAGACCACAAUUUGAUUUCCGGGGUGUUAUGAAAAGGUCGCGAUAAUAUUUUAUGUGUCAAGUUGAACAGUUUAAUCGUAGCGGUCAUUGUGAAUUAAAUCCAUUUAGCCCAAAUACAUAAAACUACAGAAAUUAUUUAAACACGGCCUAAAUAUUGACAUUACUUAUUAAUACUGUGAAUAGGAUUAUUAUAGUCAUAUAGGAAUUUAGGUUGCAAUGAACAAAAAACUGAACAGAAUUGAAUCUAACCUAACCUAACGCGUUGAAUGUGCAAUUUUAUAAUUCUGCAAUGCUAUAAUAAAACAGCUGGACAAUCGGUGGGCCCGUUUUCUUGCGAAGUUUAGGAGUAAUGCGCUUACCCGUGUUCGGCUAUCAGCUAUAAAUAGGGAGUGGAGAGAAUAUGGCGGGAUACUUAUGAAGAGCAAGCGGGUAUUUUUGUCAGAGAUAAAUAAUUGAAUCAUCUAGACUAGAUUUUUUAAUCGUUUUUUUUUUUCGUAAUUUUUAAUUCUUUUUAAAAAUAGGCAAAUUAAAAUAUUAAUGUGAUUUAAUAAAUUAAUUAUUAAGUUUUUUGUUAAUCAAACAACCAAUUUUGAAUCUAAGUAUGUUCCUAAUAUCAUAAUUAUAUAUUUUUUAUUUUUAUCUAGAUAAUUGUCAUUUAACUUUAUCUACAUAUUUUUAUAUUUAUCAUAAGUAUAUAACACUGCUUCCCAGUGAUGUCGGGUGAUCCUAUUCAAUAGGACAUUUAUAGAACAUCGCUAUUGAUAUGACCACAGAGCAAAAUGUAUCAAGGAAUGAGGUAAAUUCUAACUCGUUCAGCUGUACACGUUUCGCAAAUCCGAGAAUUUACUACGUGUUUUGCAAGUGUUAGCCUCGAUAUAAAAUAAUGAAAGAAUAAAGAUCAGACGAAAAACCAACAACCAACAUCAUGUAUAUUGUAGCUCUAAAUUACCAAUUUAAACAACGAGUAACGGACGGUAGUACUUACUGUAUAUUCGAGUGAACGUUUUACUACUGUAGGCUACUACUGCAGUAUGAUUAUUUCGAAAAUAUUUUUGCGAUUCUAUCGAUCGUAAACUCAUCAGAGAUUAUCCUAUGAGAUGUCAUCGCUUUAGCGCUAAAUCGUUUUGCUUUCAUUUUGUAUUAUGCGAUUUUUGUCCGCCUCCGAGAUCAAGGUUCAAUGCCUUUCAAUAAUAUAAUAUGCAGGCAUUUAAACAAUAAUAACUGUAUUAUAUUAUAUUUUUAUGAUAAAUACACCACGCGCGGGUAUAAUUCACCCACGGCGCGACAUCGAGAAAAAAAUAAAGUCAACUUUGCCUCGUUUUAUGUCCAUAAAAAACUCGUUCGGCUCAAAACGAUACUUAUUUAUCCUUGUCCGGAAUAUACAAUAAUAAUAAUAUAAUAUUGCUAUUAUGCGCGUUUAGCUCAGUGACCUAUAGACGAUUUGUGUGUGUUUUUUUACCGUGUAUAAGUAUUAUGUUGACAUAAUCUGAAUUUGCAUACCGGUCGCGUGUCAUCCUCGAUAUUAACAUUAUAGUCGCCGGGUUCUUCUUCUCUCAAGAGUGUGUGCGAUAUAUAAACGAAUGCAUCACAAAAAAAAAAAAACAUCUUUUUACUCACCGUAUUUGGGACAUCCUAAUUUUAAAACAUUUACGGCUUUACUGGUUACAAAUACUGAGGUUAUGCAAUCGAAUAAAAGGGAAACAAUCGACUUACACGCGGUACUACAGCCGGUUAUCGUGGAACGUGAAUUAAAAUUAUUUUUCGGUAAUAAUUUUACCAAAUAAAGACAACGUAUUGAGUCAAAAACUAUUUAAUCGAGUUUAUUGUGCCGUGAGACAGUAUUUAUCUGAAGAAAACCAACGUGUCCCUCACGAAACGAUGGCAAACGAGAUUGCAGGUUUUAGUAGGGAUGUAAAUUGUAAAUUGGAAUUGUAAAUUUAAAUAAUUGUAUGAAUUAAAAACCAUACAGGUGGGCCCCUGUUUUCGAUGCCAUCAACUCGAUGGAAAGUUGAAAAGAUAGGAUAUAUUUAUAUGCCUGUACGCAACGAUAAAUUAUUUCCGAUUUUCUGAGUUACAUUCGGUUGAAUAUUUGUUGAUUAAUUUAUUAAUUUUAAACAAAAAAUAAAUUAAAUAGUUAAAAAAUUUAAAAAAUUCAGCGAUAACAUGAAUACUGUAUAGGUAUUAUACAAUUUAUCGUGUGGUAGUUUUGUAGUUAUGUAUGUAUUUAAUCUUGUGUUCUUGUUCUGGAUGUUUAUUAAAUUACGCGGUUCAUUGUUUUUUUUUAAUAUUUUUUGUGUGUGUAUGUGUGUCUGCUGUGGCUGCAUAAAGUAUGUUUACAACUUUCACUUAUAACAUUUGCGGGUACAUUAAAUGUAAAAUCCAUUCGACAAUAUUUGUUUAAUUGCGAUUUGUUUAAGUGCAUUACACAAUACGAAUAACUAACCACGGGGUAGAUAUUUUUAGAAUUUUGACUAACGAUAAAAUUAUACGUAUUAAUUUUACUUAAACUUGUUUUUACUUUCGGAAAACACUUUCACGGUUAGUAAAAAUAAUCGAAUAUUUCAUAAUAUUGUACCAUAAAAUACGUGCAUUUUUCGCCUGACGAUACUUUUCAAGAUUACCAAUAAUUUUUACGUUUUUUUUUUUUUAUAUUAGCUAUUUUUGGUUCCAAAUGCUCACACAUAUAUUUUUACAUAAUUUCACACAGCACCUUAAGGUACGGAAUUUUUACUCUACAAUUUUAUUUGAAAUAUUUGUCAGCAUUAUCAAACAAGUUAUUUUCAUUUUAUUUUUCUUGGUUUUUAUUGAUUUCUGGGUUUUAUUGGGGGGGAAUAAGGGAAAACCUAUUUUGUAAAAAUUCACUCAAAAUUGGUUUUUCGUUUGCAAUAAAUUACCAUUGCAUACAGUGUAUAAACUAAAUUAUCAUGUUUAUCCUACCUUCUCAAAACACUGGCCUAACUUAAUUUAAUACUAUACAUACAAGGUUUUGAAGGCUUAUUAAUUAAUUACUUAAUUUUGAAUUAUGUUAAGUGCGUUAAGUUAAUGUCAAUUGUUUUUAGUUUUAACUAUAUAAUAAUAUUGCAUGUACAAUAUAUUUGAAUAAGUUCACUACAGGCUGAUAUCUCUUGAAUAUUUUAGAAGUUAAUAAAGAUAAUCAAAUUCUAUUUUUUUUUUUAUUACUCAUAGGGAUGAGGACUACAAAUAUUUAUAUUUUAAUUAAAUUUAUUUUAAAUUAAUCCUCAUUUAACUGUAAUAAUAUUAUUACUCGUUUAUUUACAUGACAAACAUAAAAUAGUCUAUGCCGUAGACGAUUUGGACCAAAAAAAAACUGCUUAACUACGCCACGUUAUUUUACCUAUUUAAAUCAAAUUUGAAAAAUUGGUAAUUCAACGUAAGAUUAAACAAAUUUCAAAACUCAAAUCAAAUAACCACGAAAACGAAUUAUUAUAAUUGAUUUCGUAUACUGGUCUAAAAAAAUAACAACAAUUAUUUUUAUUUUAACUUUAGUAAACCUGUAAUGCACUAUUCGGUUUGCGAUACAGGUUUUGCUAAUCAUCAGAUUAUCAUUCCGCAGCAGACGAUGUGGUCCGCAUAACCGCUUUUGGAACACUGUCAUAAAAUAUAUAUUCUAAAAUGUUCUACCUACUCGUAUAAUAUUACGCGCUCGUCAAAAUAUCCAAAUAUUACUCAUAAUAAUAUUAUAUUCUGAAUUUGAACACUAAAACUAUUAUUUAAUAUAGACGGUAUCGACUGGCUGUACCUAUCUAGAAGUCAAAUAAUAAUAUUUGGACGAGCGCUUGUUAUCGUCUCCGGCGGUCCGUCCCGUGAGCAUUUAUUAAAAUCACGUUCGCUCAAACAGAAAGUCGUUCAAAUUGAGAUUAAAAUCAGAGCGCACGUCUCUUUUAAUAGUAAAAAGAUGUCCUAGGAUAAUGGGGACGGGUGCAGCUACUGUUAUAGAUAAUUUAAUUUUGUAUCUGUAAGCAACGAUAAACCAUUGCUUAUAAAAAAACGAUUUUGAGGGGAGUUCAGUUGAUAGUGAUGCUUUGUCAACAAUAUAUAUAUAUCAUUUUAUAGUAAAAUAAUUAAAUAGAUUUACUAUAUUUUCUUUAAUCAUAUAUGUUUAAUGUUGUAACGAUUUUCUCAGUUUUCCUAAGUUUUUCCCGGUUUUCCCAUGUUUUAUUCCGGUUUUUUACAUUUGCUGGGAAAACUACUGAAAAAAUCACAAAAUGACCUUCCUACCAAGUACCUGUCCACGUCGAUUUUCUUUCAGAAUAAGCGCCAUACUUAGAAAUCCGAGCAAGAUUUCUGGUAGAAAAGUUUGCAUAACAAACCGAGCGGUAUUUUCGAAUAAAAUAUUCCAAGCGAGCGAUGGCUAGGGUCUCAAAAUGCAUUUCCUUUCCGAAAUCUCGUUUGACAUGCGAUAUCUAGGCAUACAACAGAGACGUACCACCAUUAAACUACGACAGACAUAAUAUAAUAUUGACAAUAUUGAGUUAUCAUAUUUCUUUAACAUAAUACAUAUUAUAAUAUUCGCUAUAAUUUUUUAUAAGCUAUAAUUUCGAAACUCAAUCAAUCAGUCUGCUCAAUUCUGACUUCACCAUCGUUCUUAAAUCGGCAAUAUAAGUGAUCAUGUUCAAUAUUAAAAGUUGAAAAAUUAGAUUUGUUCCACUUUAUUUUUUACUUACAUUAUUUUUAUCGAAAUUUGAUUUUAAAAUUCCUUAAAAAAAAAAAAAAUACUUUACUAAGCUCAAAUUUUUUUUUUUAAACAUUUCUGCUUAGCCUUACAAUAUUUUACAACAAAGUACCUUUUAAUAAAAUUCUCGUAGUAAUAUGGGUAUUUACCUAUCCAUGAAAUAUUAAAGUAUAAUACAUUUAAAUCAUGCACAUUAGGUCUAUUAAAUUUACAAAUAUUGGUCCAUAGUGAUGGUUAGUGAUGGUUACUUAUCCUAACGAUGUUGUUUCGUAUACAUUACAUUAUUUCGUUUCAGUGAAAUGUCGAUUUGACACAGUGAUUUGUAUUAAACAACAAUAUUAUAUAAUUAUGUUGAAUAUUAUUGGAGUUUUUUUGUGUUUUCGUUUGUUAACUUGCAAUAAUAUUAGCAUACUCGCACAAUGCGAUUUGAUGGUAAUAUUAUACGUAUUACGUAUACCUGCUCGUUUCAUUGUUAUAAUUAUACGCAUUGAAUAAUCAAUAACGUAACGUUGUAGUCAUAUAAUAAAUAUACUCUUAUUUUGAAUUCAAUUUUCCCAUAUCAUAUAUUCAGUGCCUGCACUAAAUGUCCGUUUCCGACUGUGCCCCACGGUCGAAAGUUUUGAAUACUGACGAUUUUCACAGUUUGUCAGGUAUAUAAUCUUUUUAUUUGUGAAUUUUGUUAUAUUUAAUAAAAAAUGCAAAGUUCAAUAAAAAGACCUAACAGAAGUUUUCAAAAAAAAUUAUUGUAAUCGAAUACACUGCAUGUACGUGGCGUAACCGUUUGUCGUGUAAAACGUGUUUUGAACAAAACAACAAGUCGUGCGAUCUAGUUGUUAAAAUUUAUUAAGACGUGAUAGUUGUAAAUGUUCAAAGUUCUUCGUAAAUAGUACAGUAUUUUAAUAUUAUAAGAGUAUUCAGAGUACGACUGUGGCGACGGCGCAGCGAUCUCAAAGAGCUGACGCAGAUGUCGUGAAUCUCUACUAUAUUUGACCCAUUUUAAAAUAUUUUGAUUAUAAGGAAUAUAUGUAUCCCUCUCGAAUAACGAAUGCUCAUUUAUAUUCAUUAAAUUAUUAAAUUUUUUUUUAAUAGAAAAUAUUAAAGUACUCGGUCGAAUUUAAAACUUAUAGUCACACUGUUAUAAUAGUAUAAAUAAAGUACAAUAGUUUUGCAUUUAUGUUGUGUAAGCAUAACAUUACAUUAUAUAUUUGAUAAGAAACUUGAUAAAUGUUGUAUAUAUUUAUCCCGGUUGAUGACUGAAAAAAUCGGAGAAGGGGUGGUCAAUGGUCAUUGUAUGUCAAUUUUGAGUAACGCCUGCAAAAAUUAACGUAACCCCCACUGACACUUAACCUAUACAAUGAAAACGAUUUAAUUGUGUGUAUGAACAUAAAACGUUCUAAAAUCGACAUAAAAUAGACGUCCUAGGAUAAUGGGGUCGGGUGCAGCUACUGUAAUAAGUACUUUAAUGUAAACCUCUAAGCAACGAUAAACCGUUACUAACAAAAAAACGAUUCUGGGUGCAGUUCAGUUGAUAGUGAUGCUUUGUCAACAACAUAUAUAUGCCAUAUGUCAUAUUAUGAUAAAAUAAUUAAAUAGGCAUUAUAUAUUUUCUUUAAUAAUAUUCGUUUAAUAUUGUACCGAUUUUCCGGGUUUUUUUUUUAAUUUUUCCGGUUUUCCUAUGUUUUUUCCCGAUUUUUCACAUUAGCUGGGAAAACUCUUGGGAAAAUCGAAAAAUUACCUACCUAAAGUACUUUUUCAGUCAGGUUUCCUUUUAAAAAAAGUGCUAUCAUUGUAAAUCGAAGCGAAAUUGCUGGUAGAAAAAUUGUUCACAGGAAAAAAGAAGGCUGUAAUUUUUUUUUAACUAAUACUUACAUUUUAUAUAUUUUCCCGUUAUUAGUCAGUUUUUUCGAUUUUUCACAGUUUUUGAGAAAUUUCCUGGGAAAAUCGAAGAAUGACCUCUUUAAAAUACCUUCUGAAUCAGAUUUCCUUUAAGAAAAAGUGCUAUAUGAAAUUUUCUGUACGCAGAAAAAAAAAAGGCCAUAAUAUUUUUUAUUAAUACUAAUACUUACAUUUCGUACAUUUUCCGUUUUUUCGAUAUUUUAUCUCAGUUUUUCCAGGAUAUUAUUAAAACCGCUUGAAAAAUCAAAAAAUGACCUCCCUGAAGUUUCAUAUAGAUAAAAUUUUCUUUCAGAAAAUAAGCUACACUUGUUACAUCGGAGCAAGAUUUCUGGUAGACAAGUUUGCACAACAAAUCAAGGGGUAUUUUGCGAUUAAAACAAUUCGAGCGAGCGAUGAUUUGGUCUUUAGGUACAGCUAAAAUGCAUUUGUUUUUUCCUUGUUUAAGUAAAUGGGGAAAAAAUGCAAACAAUUUGUUUCGGAACUCGGGUUUGAACUCGCGAAUCCCAAUAGGCAUAUUUUACGAUUAAACUACGACAAACAUAUUUUACGUUUGACAAUAUAUAGUUAUUUAACAUAAUAUAUAUAAUAUCAGAACUUCAAAAAGCUAUAAUUCCGAAACUAUGUCAAUCCGCUUAAUUCCUACUUCAUCAUCGUUCUUAAAUCGGCAAUAUACAUUUGUUCAAAACAAAAAAUUGGAAACUUAGAUUUGUUCCACAUAAUUUUUUGCUCGAAAGAUUUUCGUCAAAAUUUGAAAUUAAAAUUACUUUAUAAAAAAAAUAUACAUUAAACUCAAUUAUUUUUUACCACAAAGUAAGACUUUUAAUAAACUUCCUGUUAAAUUUUCACGCAUUUUUAUUUAGUCUAACAAUUUUACCAAACAGUAUCUACCGAAUAAAAAUUACAUAUAAAACUCGUCAAAUUUAAAUGUUUAUAAAUAGUUCGAAAAUGGCUUAAAUUUUUUGAAUAUUUUACCAUGCCUAAAAAAAGCAAAUAUAAGUUUUCUGUACAAAUUUCAAGUCUCAACAAAUAUUUUAACUGAUUUACAAUCCCGUUUUUCUUACACUUUAUCCUGGUUUCGCACAGAUAUUUAUAUAACCGCUUUAAAAAUCAAAAAAUUAACCUCCCAAAAGAACUAUCUGGACAAUAUUUUCUUUCAGAAAAAAUGCCGUGCGUAAAUAUCGGAGCAAGAUUUCUGGUCGAGUUUUUGUAUGCAGUAAAAAAAAAAAAAAAUCGAUUUUUUAAAUAAUUCGUAAUUAUGUAAUUAACCUUUUCCUGCAUUAUUUCUUAUACUGUGUUAAAUAUUGAGCGUACCAAAAAACACUUUUUUUUUCAUUUUUAACACUUAUCUUAUUAUAAUAUAAAGAGACAACGCGUUUUUUUGUUGCUACCGCUAAAAAUAAACAACUUUGUAAAACCAAUGAAUUCUUCGCUACACUCAGAAUCUAAAAUAAACUUACUAUUACAUAAUAAUAAUAAUUGUCAAUCUUUUUAUUUUCAGUUUACCGUUGUGUUGGGGUUGGCUGUUUUAAGCGUAGCCAAUCAAGGCCACACAUUUACAAUCACUGCUACAGGAGUUAAACCAACCAUUAAACCAUUUUCGCCUUUCACUACACAACAAGUAAAUGAUUAAUAUAAACGCAUUAUUUAAUUUCGAUAAAAAUGAAUACUUACAGCGGUUUUUUUUUGACAGCCACAACUGAGCGACCUGACCAAAUCGACGUUCGGUUCGAAAAACGAAGCACCGAAACCGUUUGGAGCGCCGUUUGAACCGUUCAAACAACCGUACCAACCGUAUCAACCGUUUAAACAACCGUAUCAACCGUACCAACCGGGUCCGUUCAGAACAAACUAUCAACCGUUCGGACCUUUCCCGGGUUAUCCGGGACCUAUUGUAUACCCCGGUCAAGUCGGUUAUCCAUCAGGGCCGUCUGUUUACCCGCAGCAGCAGCAACAUCCGGCUUUCCAUUUCGACCAACACAAGCAGUUCGGUUUGCAACCAUUCCCGUCGGCACCGUUCGACCAGACGGUCAGUCCAUUUAAGCUCGGAUCUUCGAAAAAAUUCAACAAGAGCCCGUCGGGAUUUUUCGAUUUCAACCAACCGGGCAAAUACUUCCAAGAACAUCAGUUCGGCGCAUAUCAUGGACCAGAAUUUUCCUCGGCCGUCGUGCCAGCUGAACACAACUUGAAACAGUCGAAACCCAAAGACAUAUUCUUAGGAAAGCCCUCCGUGCCGAUUGUACCAGCUUUCUCGUCAUUCGGAUUUUCUAAAGAAGGCGGCUUUGGAUUACCGUCUCCGGCAUCGUUCGGAUAUAAAUCGCCAAUCGUUCCACCGACACAGGUACGAAAACACCGAAUUAAAUACAGUGAAAAACAGAAUACUCCACAUACCCCUAUAGGCAUAUACAUAUUUUCCAGGGUAGAUGCAGGCUAAGAUUAACUAAUCAGUGAGGUAGGCAUAAGUCUAGAGCUGCACAAUGGCAGGAGUUGUUUUCUUUCUGAUAAUACGCAAUAGCAUACCAAAAUUAUGAAUUUUAAAAUGUAUUAAAUGAUAUAACUUUGUAUCAUAAAAUUCAAACCACUCAUAAGCUAUAAGGUACAAAUGUAUAAUUGUAGUUUUUACAGUUUAAAUUCCAGGUGUUGUCUGUCUAUUAACUAUUAUCAUUUAGAUAAUCUUAAAAUGAAAGGCUAUUAAAAAAUCCAGUCCAGGGCAGAUAUAUAUGUUUUCGCAUACUUUUAUUAGUUGGUCAAACAAAUAACUAGCUAAAAAAAUGCGUUUCAUGGCCUAACGAUUCUGUAUACAAAGGAUUGCAUUUUAGAUCCAUUUCCCCAGCCUCCCUUAAUUGGAAUUUUGUAUUUUGGUUUUUCCACUCGUUUGUAAAGAUUUAUAAAAAAUUAGUUUUGCUACAAAAUAAUGCAAAUCAAAGGGGGUUGGGGAAAUGCCCCAAAUUUUCGAAUUUAGUAUUUUUGUUUUUACCAUUCGUUUGUAAAUCGUUAUGGGGGCUGGGGAAAUAGAUCUUUGUAUUUUGUAUUUUUGGACUUUUUGAACACUUUUUAAGAAAAUAUACUCAUAUUAGUAUUUUUUAAUGUAUAUUUAAACGAUUUUAUCUACCCUAAUAAUUAUUAUAUUUACAAUUUGCCGGUGAAACAUAAAGAAACAUGUGGUUCAUUCCGGUUCAAACAUAUUUUUUACGAGUAAUAUCUUAUUAUCUGAUAUAGUGACGUCCUCUCAAUCUUUUAUCGUACCGUUUUUUAAACAGUGAGUAUGUCUAUAUAAUAAUAUUAAUUAGUCAUGCAUAAAAUAUCUUCGUCCGUGACUUGCUAUAUUAUUAUAAAAUUAUCCUACAUUAGUGUCGUAACGCUGACGGAACCUCUUUCAGAGUGCAUUUGGUAUUAUGUUUAUUGUGUAUAGGUAUUUGCAUCCUGUUCAUAUGUGUUUAUAACAGUUUAUUAAUUAAGUUUUGAAUUAAUUAUUGAUUUACAAUAUAUUAUUCAAAUAUUAAAAUUGCUAAAGAAGUAUGACGAGAGUUUCGGUUAUAAUAUUUACAUGUUAAAACCGUCGACAUUUUACACAACGUUUUGGAAAAAGUAAAUUAAUAAUAAUAUUUGAAGAGUGUGCAGUUCAGAAUCGACAGUAAACGACGUUUCGUCCCUAUAAUGCAAUUGCUUCGCCCUACAAAUAUGUGAAUAGAGAGGCGAAGGGAGAGACUUUUUGACACCUUAACACUUAGGAAUAAUUUCGAUUUAAAAAUAAUGUUCAAGAUGGAUUCGACUAUUGCAUAAUGGAAACAACAUGAGUUAGUGAUCUCUACCGGUAUUUUACUUAUACUUUAAACGACAGAAUUCACGCAGUGACCGUGAACCCAAAAAUAUUGUGAGCCAUUAACCGACGGAUUUUGUGGCCCGCAGAUGGACACUUUCACAAUACGCCCACGAGGAUAAUAUCAUUACGAUCAAGACGAUUACAUUUUGUAUGUGCACGCACAAUGUAUAUAUUUUGAUUUAUAUCGAUGCGAAAUGAUUAUUUAGUUUUCGUGUCCAGUAUACGAAAUAAACUAUUGAAAACGAUCUCAGACUAGAUUCAGUAAAGAAUUAUAGCUAUUAUUAUAACGAGAUAAUUAUUACGUCGCGAUUAUUAUUAUUCAACGUAUAGUCCUGCAACAAAAUUAUUCCUAAAGACACGCCAUAGAAUACGCAAUUAAACCAUACCAAAUAACCAAAGAAACUCGAUUUCGUAAUAAUUACGAUUACUAUAUUCCUCUACUCAUCUAUUAUGACGAUGAUCUACAGACUUAUCACCUGCUGAUCGUUAGUAUUGUUCAAUGCCUAAGAGGUUAUAAUAAUAUUAUAUUUAUAGGUAUUAUAGUUUUUUUGAAAAACUAUCGUAAACGACGAUAGGUUCUACUUUAUUGGUUUUAUUAUCGCCGUUGAGCAUAUCCAUAUUAUAUACCUGUUCGCAUAGGAUGUUAAUAUUUCGUUUUAAUUUUUUUUUUUUUUUUUUUUUUUUUUUUUUUAGGUUAGCCAGUCUUUAUUAAAGACCCUGCCACCGUUCGUGAAAAACACAUUUUCCAUAGGUCAGAACUUUAGCACGACACCCGCCACCACCACCUCGACCGAAGUCUCGUCGUCAUCUUCGAACGAAGAACCGGCAACACCGACAGCGUCGGAGGUCACGGGCGAGCCGUCAUCGGCAUCACCCGCAGCGGACCCGCAGCCCACCAGCCCGUCGCAGGAGGAGGUCACUGCCAGUGUCGCCGCCACCGCCACCGAAGUCGCGACCAACAAUGAAGCACCUGCGGCUGAUGACAUUGCAGCAGCCCAGCAACAACAACAAAGCGAACAACAAUCCAACUUGUCAGAGGACAAUGAUCCCAAAAUCGACAACACUGACGCCGUCACCGUCUCCGCCGCCACCGGCGAGAAUACGGAUUCUGUUCAGUUGACCGAUUCGUCCCAAGUGUCCACCAAAAGUGAGUCAGCCGCCGAGCCUGCCGUGGUACCCACCAAAGAAGUCAUUGAGACCACUGUUACCGGUGAUGCAAGCAGUGACCCCAGCGAAAGCUUCUCGGAAGCCACGAUAUUCGAAAGCUCCACGGAUACUGUUGCUUCAGCAGGUUCCUCUCAAGAGACCGAUUUUGGAAAAUCCGAACAAGCCCAAGCAAGUCUGACUCCCAAAACCAGUAAGUAAUAUAUAGGUAAACGAAAUAAACGAUUUAAGCAAAUACGGUUAAAAAUCGAGAAAUUGUAGACUGAGUAGACAGAUUUUAUGGAAGCACGACUUCGUUUGAACUUAGAAUUAUUGAAGUCAUUAGUAAAGUAGGCACGAAAAAUUCAUUAUAGCUGUGCCAAAUAGUCUGAGCAUAACAUAUUACGUGAUAUGUCGUGGCAAGUGAUUUAAAUGUUUUAUUUUUUACUAUUAAAACCCGCUAUUUCCGCAAUAAAAUUCUAGACAUUUUUCUAUAAAUAUAAAAUUUACAACGGGUGUAGUUUUAAAAUGUUGCUCCAUUGAAAUGACAUUUUGACAUAUUAAACCCAUAGACAACCUAAUUAAUAAGCAGAAAAAAAAACCGAAUUACAUCUAACUAAUAAUUGCGGCUUUUAUUCAAAAUAUAUUCGCCUUUUAAACCAUGUGCCCGGGUGGAAGUUCUUCCUCCGCCCUUUCUCCUUUAAUCCGGUUCUGUAGACAACUUUGAAAAAUUUUAGAAAAACAGGAAGAAUAUUAAUAAUAGGUCACAUACCAUGCCAUGAUAGUUUUCUCAAGUCGAUUAACGCAUAAUUUAAAAUUGGAAUUAAAAAACCAUGGAUGGAAUAUACACGGUAAAUUCUUAAAGACCCGAAAGUGAAAAAUUGAUCUGAGUUUUAAAAGAGCAGCACGGAGAACUGCCAGCUUCAUUCUCGAAAGAUUAAAGAUCUGAACAACAAGAAGAACUAGACAUACUUUUUUCGGAAUAACGACGUAUCCGAUAUGCAAUUGUUAUUCUUUCAUUUAAUAAUAUAAUAGUAUUUAAAAAUAUAUUAUUGCAUUAUUGUUACAACGAUUUCGGAUCCAAUCAAUUAAAAAUUAUAUUAUGAUAUUAUGAUCCGUCCAACAAUAUUAUAUCAGACCCAUUGUCAUUAAAUAUAAUAUUAUGAGUUGACCGCUAGCGUUCAAUGACUUACAAAUUAUUAUUUGUAUUAUUUCGUUUGUCUGUCUUAGCAAUUACAAAGAUCACCUCGAGUGAUGCAGUAUAGUAUAGUAUUACUUAAUGAGGCCAAUGUACCGUUUUGGGAUUACGAUUGUUUAUAAUCCACGGUGAAGAAUUUAAUAUUGUUCAAAUUAAAAAAAAAAAUCUAUCUUACGAUAUUAGUUUGACGUGCCGAUUUUUGCUGCGGUGAAUUUGAUAAAUCUUUGUUGGCACGAUUUUACGCGUAGUAAUAACCGACCACAGGUUCAUUAUAAAAAUUUGAUGAGUAGGAAUAUACUCGUACCUAUACCUAGCUAUGAUUUUAAUCGUGUUUACAAUUAUGACUAUGCAGAUUAAUAAAUGAUGAGUACAUAGGAGCAAAUGGGCAGAAUACUUUUUUUGGAAGGAGAACUUACCACACUUUGUUUAAUAUUGAUUAUGUAUACAUAGUAUUUACUUGAUAAAGACUUAAUUUGGGGGACUUGGAUAAGUUUUGAGGGGCUUGUAAGUGUGUAGUAGAAUCGAAUACAAUUCUAAAAAAAGUUGGGAAAAUAAAAUACAUUAAGUAAUUUAAUUUGUUAACGAUAAAAGAUUCUGAAAAGAAAAUAUUUAUGGAGGCACUUUUCGUGGAAAUUUGUACAAAAUAUAUAAAGUCCACAUCACAUUAUAUGAUUAAUAUUAUAAUCGAACGGUAAUUUUAAUUAAUAUUUUUAUUAUAACGUAUCGAAUGGUAAACACGAUGUGCAUAUUAGCACGCCAAUCAGAGAACAUUUAAACAAAUCUAUUAAUUGGCGUUCGUUGUUUUUUUCAAAACUAAUUAAAAACUGUUGAUAAUUAUACCAGCAUAAAGUCAAAAAAAAAUUACGUCUACUGUGCGGGUAACGAUUUGAUUCAAUUUUAGACUGAAAUAAAAAUCCAAUUAUACACAGGUGUUCCAUUUAAGUGACUACACUCGAUAUUUCGAAAAUUAUUGACUUUACAAAUAAAAAGUUUUGACAAUGGAAAAAUAAGCACCUCUUCAAUGUUUCAUUGACUUUAUUUUUUGUCACCCCUAUUUUUAGGGGUGAAACGACUAUCUACUUUUAAUUUUCAAGGAACAAUCAUAUAUUUAAAAUUCCAUAAAUAGUUUGUUAAUUUAAAUACAUUUUGGCGUCUAAAUUGUUAUCUUGUCACUGUUAACAAAGUAUCCACUUUUAAGUUUGGGUAGGAGAGAGUAGUGGAGCACUAUUAAAAUUCUGCGUGCCGAGUGCCUUCACACCAACAAUUAAUGUAACAUUUUUAGAAUUCUUUAGUUCUUAAAUUGCAAAAAAAAAAUUUGAAAUAUUUUAAAAGUCACUUUUCACAAUAUCAAGUGUAGCCACUUAAACAAAUCACCAUGUAUUAUUUUUACCAUGGUAAAAUAAUUAUAUUAUUAUUAUUAUCAAGGCCGUACUUGAGGGUGGGGAUUUUAGGGGUUCAACCCGCCCGCCCCCUAAAAAUUGUGUAUGCUACGGAAAAUACAUAUUUUAGUCAAUAAAACUGAAACACCACACAUUUUUAGUUUUUAAUCCCCUUCCUAAUAAAAAAUGAUUUUAUUAUUAUUAUAAUUUUUAUGUAUACAUAAAAACCAAAACUAAAUAAUUUAAUGAAACUCCAUGGAUAACUUACUGUACAACUCAUACAUGAGCAAUACAAAGAGAAUAAUAAUACAACGCAUGUCCGCUUUUAACCUAACCUAAUAUAAUGACGUGUGCUUUAAGAAAAACAGUAAUUAUAAUUUUUAAAUAUGUAAAUAAUUCGUUUUGUUACAGAUAACUUUCCGGGUCAACAGGCUGGAGAAACCGCGUUUGUGUCAGACCUGUCGACAGCGAAUCUGUUCCCAACAUCUAAAUUCUCGAACUUCGAGCAAUCGAUCGACCUCCGGCAACCAUCGUACUACUCGUACAUUCCGCAAUACAAUCAGUUAAAUAAGAACCUACCCUCCCAUAGUGGAGGGAAUUUCAUUUAUGAGUUCGGUUUUAAUAAGAAAAACGAACAAUCUGAGAAGGAUAAAUCUACAAAAGAGGAUGAAAAACCGGAGUUAACAACGGUGACAAAUCCGUCGUCCUCCGAGGUGUCCAAUACGUCUGUUGCAGCGCCUUCCGGUGCGGACAACUUACCGAAGAAAAUCAACGCGGUUCAAAUAAUUCAAGACGGAUCAUUCGACCCAUUCAACGGACAAUUGCCGUUAUUGUGAGUAUAUCUAUAAUUAACCUACAACAAGUGAUUAUGGACACCAAUCAAGACCGAAAAUAUUUCGGGUUUUCUAUAGUCGAUUCUAUCGUGUAGUGUUGCUUUUGAUCCGUUACGACAAAUUUCCGGUUGCCAAACGAAUUUGUUCGUACGAGAAAAUUUUGUUUUAAUCACACCAAAGUGUGUAUAAUAAUCUGUUAUGUAAAACUCUACCUCAAGGUUGAUGACGUAGGGACCUCUGUUUCUAACUAACGAGAUUUCUGAUAGCGUUUUUCUCUCACCGUGGUCGUGGCGAACAAGGCCGCUGGAAUGUUUAAUUGUUGUCCAUCAAAACACAUCUCCUCUUUCUUAGGAAAUUUUUUUAUCAUAUUUUAUUAUUAUUGUCGAUCCAGCCGAUGGGGAAUCCUUUAGAUCAUAAACAAUGGAUAGAGAUGAUACCCGUUUCCGUCAAAAUAAUACUGGUCGUCUCUGCCAAAUACAGUUUGGAAACCAAUGGUGUUAGUAUAAAUACAGCGAUAGAUAAUCGUCAAUAACGAAAAUAUAAUCAGCAUCAAAUAAUCGAUAAACCAUGAAUAUAGCGAUAAGUAAUUCAUAGUUGAUAUCGAAAAAUACAAAAAUUAGGUUUAACAUUUGAGUAUAAAAAUAAUUACUGAUUUAAACACACUUUUAGAUAGACAUUUUUGGUCCCUUCCGAAGUAUCGGACUGCAAUUAUAAAAAAAAAAGUCCAAUGAAACUAGUAGGUACACUUUUAUCAAAACUGUUUCUUUUAUUUUUGUUGUAUUUUAAUUUUUAGCUGCAAUUUAAAACUGUGAUUUUUUUUGACUUUUAUAUCCUACAAUUUAACUGUAUUAUUUGACUUAUUAUUAUUACUUGAUUGUACAUAAUGAGGUACAUGGUUCUCAAAUUAUAUUUGGCGGAAACAUCUUUUCACUAAAAUACAUUUUGGCGGAAACGGUAAUCGCACCUUUUCCGUAUUUGGCGGAAAACGGUUAUGCGUAAAUCAGGAAACUGAUUUUUUUACGGGAAAAGGUCAUACCCACGGAUAGAGCUAUAAGCAAUUAAUGUGUCACCAACAUAUCAAGAGGGCGUCUCACUUCUGCACAUGCGUCAAGUACUGUUAUCAAUAUCCGGCCGAUGGGGAAUCCCUAUUAGGGAUAACAAUAAUCACCAUCCGGAAUCGUAAAUCAUUUUACAUUUUUUUCAUUUCUACACUCAUAUACCCAGAGCCUGAUUUAGAAUUUUUUAGGCCCGGCAAAAAAAAAAAAGUUGGCCUAUUUUUAAUCCAUUUAAUACGAAUAUUUCUUAUCUCAUACCCAUAUAUUUUGUAUGAAACUGAAAAAAAUAAUUUAUAUUUUUACAAGUAUUUUCAACUGUGUAAACUUUUUUUGAUAUUCUUCAAUUUUAAAGAUUAAUUAAAAUUAAAAGAAUAAUUAAAUCUAGUAAGUGGGCCCCUGAUCCGCACGGGCCUUGGACAAAUACCCACAAUAUCCUUGCGUAAAUAGGGCCAAGCAUAAACCUAUAAAACGAUAACAUUUUUCAAUAUUAGGUGGGAAGCUCCAUAAGUUAGGCGUUAAGUUAGUAAACAUUAGAGGACGACUGACCGCUGGUUCGAUUUCCGUUGAAUCGUCAACAAUUUAUUUCGCUUAUUAUUAUUUUUUACAUGGUCACUAGAUAUGGGACUUAGACAGGGUUCUUAUCAUUUUGGAAUAACUGUACGCCAUUUGUGUUCAUAUUGUCUAUUAAUAGUUAGUAUUCUUAGUACGGCACACACAAGCCCUUAGCUACGGAGAACAACGGGGAAUUCCCCCCUUGAACUUUUCGUUGCCCCCACAAGUAUUAAAUGUGUAAAUGUCGUGGUAUGUUAUAAUUUAGUAGGUCCUCCCUAAAAUUUUGUUCAUUCCACCCGAUGAUUUGAUCUGGCUAGGAGCCUGGUCACACAAUAGAAAAUAGCAAUGUUCUUCUCACACCGUGGUCGUGGCGAAUACGGUUGUUUUCGGGCGUUUAUGAAGUAAUUGUUAUAUAGUAAAAUAUUAACCGCACUCGAAAUAAUAUAACUAAAUCCCAAAAUAUUAUACAUGAAAUGGUAAAAAACAAGAGUUUCAGAAGACGAGUCCAUGAAUUUUCUGUCCCAGGAUAUUCAUAAAUUAAGGUUUUUAAUGAUAUUGGUCACAAUUUACACAGCACAUGUUAAUAAUACUGAACGUUUUUAUUUCCGUUUACUAUUUCAUCACAUAAGCACCCACAUCAUUUUAAAUUCUGAGUAGAUCGAGGAAUAUUACAAUUUUACAAUGGUGUUUAUUUUUUCUUCUGUGGACAACUUUUCUACCAGCAAUUUUGAAAAUGAUUUAAAAAUGAUUUAAUAAAAAAUCAUUUUUUUUUUUUUUUUUUGAUAAAAAUGAUUUAAAAUGAUAGCAUUUUUUUUGAAAAGAAAUCUGACUCUACGGAGACAAUUUUUUUGAUUUUCCCGAGAAAAAACAUGGGGAAACGUUAAACUGGAAUUGUUUGGAAAAUAAUCAGACAGAGUGUAAAAAUCAGGAAAUUUUUAGUACUCAUAUAGACUGUAAUAUUACUGAAAAAAAAAAAUCAUGAGCAGCAUUUAUACGGAAUGUUAAUUUCAUGGACAAGAAAACGGUGGACUGUAACAAUCCAGAAUAUGAAACUCUGUAAAUGUCCGGACUGUAAUCGGCCGGAAAAAUAAAUGAUCAGACUAGAAUAUUCCGGACUGUAAAAAUCCGGAAAACAUAAAUGCCUAAAUCAGAAAGUACCAGACUAUAAUAAUUCAGAAUACAAAAAUAUCUACACUGUAAUAUCCCGGACAAGAACUUUAAAGAAUUUAACAAAAGAACACUGAUAGAUGGCGAUGUUUUGCAUAUACAGUACAAACAGAAUAAAGGAACAAGAUUAAAAGAAGGUCCAUUGCUGUUUUCAGAGAUGGGUAGACAUGCUCAGACCCGGUAUCACGAUUAUCAGUAUUAGUAGUGUUUUUGAAAUUCUGGAUCAUUCUAGUACGUGAUAUUCCGGAAAUUUCUUGUCCGGGACAUUACAGUGUGCGUAUUUUUAUAUUCCGGAUUAUUAUAAUCCGGGACUUUCUGGAUUAGGCAUUUAUUUUUCCGGCUGAUUAUAGUCCGGACAUUUACAGUGUUUCAUAUUUCGGAUUUUUACAGUCCGCCGUUUUCUCGUCUCUGAAAUUUAUAUUCCGUAAUUUUACAGCCCAUACGAUUAUUUUCCGGGAUUUUCUAGCCGUCCGGGAGAACCGAAAAAACGUAGGGAAAAUGGGGAAAUAGGUACAAUAUUAUUAAAGAAAAUAUAUAAUGCAUAUGUAAUUAUUUUACCAUAAUAUGACAUACAUAUUAUUAACAAAGAAAUACUAUCAACCGAACUAUGCUCAGAAUCGUUUUUUCGAUUGCAAUGGUUAAUCGUUGAUUACAGAUGUAAUUCAAUUACCUAUAGGCUAUAACAAUGGCUGCAUCCGUCUCCAUUAUAGGAUAGUUUUUUAUACUUUACAUCUACAUUGUACGUAGAUAAAAUAGUUAAUGAAUAAUUUUUACGGUAUUUCUCUAGUACAUUUUGUUGUUUAUGACGUAUUUAUCAUCGGCUCUUAAAAAAAUCUCACAGGUGUACCAAUUAUCCAUUGCUAUGCCGAAAAAAAAAACCAUUUUUAUUUCUAUUUUAUUUUAAAAUAAUUUCAGAUGGGAUUUGAACCUCCAAAUCUCAAAAUAUAUGAGCGCCUGAGUAUAAUGUGUUGUAAUGAAAUAUCUGUUUUUUGCCUCGCAUAUUAUAUAGGUUCGACCCGUCGUCGGCUGCCGCGGGCUCGCCCCUGGACACGUUCGGAUUCUACAACCAUCCGUCGGUGACGGCAUUUUCUUCGCAGGCGUCGCUGGCCUCGUACUCUCCGGAGGACGCGUUCUCUAACUUCGGUACUAAUCAAUUUCGCACGCAGGGUUUUUUGGUCGAGGGAUCGCCGUCGCUAACCCCGCUGCCCGCCAAGACGAUCGUCCAGACCAGCCGGACGCCUGUGUCCAUUUCUUCCGUAGACCAUCCACUGCAUGGACAGGUAUUUAAGUACUCGCAGUCUUUCGUGCCAUACCCGGCGUUGGUCCAGGCCGGUAACACUGCGGAAGUCCCGUCGUCUACGACGACACCGACCGCGAUACCGGUCGAGAGCAGCAGCAGCAUCAGCACUACAGCCGCCACUGCCGCCGCAACCGCUUAG